UGCAGCAGCCUCUUACCUCCCAAUGAGGGACCCUAGAAAUGGGACCUCUGGGACUCCGGCGAGACUUCCUCCUGGCAUUAGGGGCUGAUCUCAAAAAGGGUUCACAAAAGGCCAAAGACGGCAAGAUAUAUGCCGUCACCGAGCUUCCCAUCGACCUCACUUUCGUGCGACCGACGACGAAACGCAUGACUAAAGCAGAGCAGGUUGCUCGACUAAAAGCCAGAGUCGAGGAGCAAAAUCAGCAAAGUCUCGAAAGCUCAAGCGCUCCCCCGACGCCUUAUCUCUCAAAUAGAUUCGGGAAGACGCUUUUCUGUCGUAUCUGUCGAAGCAACAGGCACAUCACAGAAGAUUUCAUGACCAUCUUUCUCGACCCUGAGAUCCCAGAACGCCAACAGGGCUUCAAGCGAUGGUGCCCUAAGCACAAUAGCACUAGCCAUACUCUGGAUCAGUGCAAGGCGAAGUGGGAAUGGCUACGCAACAAAGAGCUCGCCAUAUAUACCUUCAUCUACCGCUGUGCCAGCGGUCCCGCCUGGGCCACUGACCUGAUCGACUGGCGUGUCGUUAUGGAAGCGGACAAAUUUCAGUCGGUCCCUUGGACGCCCGAGUUCUCCAUACAGAAGAAGUUGGAAAACCCAGACUUCCAGGAGAGUCGUUUGCGGCCGAUUGAUCCUGAGACGUGCACGGUUUACUCCGCAUCACGCCUUCCCUACCAGACAUUGAGCGGGGAAGAGCCUAAAUUCCACACACUCGAAGACCUUUGUCAGCAUGCCGAAGAGCAAUACCAGAAGGAAAGGACCGAACAGAAAAGGCGUGGCCUUGUGGAGAACGCACAGCAAGAAACAGAACAGGUUUUGGUGGACAUCCAGGCCCUCAGCCAGCACAGAAAUCGCGUCAUGUUGAACCGAAUAUCACGGUGAACCACUAUGCCAGUUUUAUCGUUGGCCCCCUUCGUUACAUUUUAACAGAAUGGUCUGACUUUCUGGGAACCACCACCCUCGUUAAAAUCAAGUCAAUCAGCCCGUCGAGAAGCUAGUAUCAUUCCCACACGAU